AUGCAGCCCUCAAGGCGAGCUGCCUCGCCCGCCGACUCCAACACAUCCGUACUGUCCGGCGCAAAACGGAAAGAACGCGACUUUGACCAUGACGAAGGCGAGGAGACUAACAUUCACGUCGUUGUCCGGUGUCGCGGUCGAAGCGACCGAGAGGUCAAGGAGAACAGCGGCGUCGUCGUGUCGACGAGUGGUGUCAAGGGCACGAAUGUUGAUCUGUCCAUGGGUCCGAAUGCCAUCAGCAACAAGACAUACCAUUUCGAUAAGGUCUUCUCACCAGCAGCGGACCAGACGAUCGUCUUUGAAGACACUGUCGCGCCGAUACUGAGCGAGAUGAUGGCUGGCUUCAACUGUACCAUCUUUGCGUAUGGACAGACUGGCACAGGCAAAACAUACACCAUGACGGGAGACAUGACGGACACAUUAGGUUUGCUAUCUGAUGAAGCCGGCAUCAUUCCUCGAACACUGUACUCGCUGUUCCGACGAUUAGAGGCCGAAGAGAUUGAAUGCUCGGUCAAGUGUUCCUUCAUUGAGCUGUACAACGAAGAAUUACGAGAUCUGCUCUCAGCCGACGACAGCGUCAAGCUCAAGAUUUAUGACGAUGCGAACAAGAAAAGUCACAGCGCGACGAUCGUACAAGGCAUGGAGGAGUCUCAUAUUAAGAGUGCCUCUGCGGGCAUCAAGCUCUUACAGAAGGGCAGCUAUCGGCGACAAGUUGCGGCCACGAAAUGCAACGAUCUCAGCUCUCGAAGCCACACUGUCUUCACCAUUACCACAUACAUCAAGAAAGUCAACGAAGUCGGCGAGGAUUUCAUCUGCUCGGGGAAGCUGAACCUGGUUGAUCUGGCAGGAAGCGAAAAUAUACAGCGCAGCGGUGCGGAAAACAAGCGUGCUGCCGAAGCUGGCCUGAUCAACAAAAGCUUGCUAACACUUGGCCGUGUAAUUAAUGCGCUGGUCGACAAAAGCUCACAUAUUCCAUAUCGAGAAUCGAAGCUCACUCGAUUACUGCAAGACUCGCUUGGUGGUCGGACGAAAACAUGUAUUAUCGCAACUGUUUCGCCUGCGAAAAGCAAUCUGGAAGAGACCAUCUCGACGCUAGACUAUGCUUUCCGAGCCAAGAAUAUCCGAAACAAGCCUCAGAUUAACUCAAUGAUCUCGAAGAAGACCUUGCUGAAGGAGUUCACGGCCGAGAUCGAGAAGCUGAAGAGUGAGCUGAUUGCGACACGGCAACGAAAUGGCGUCUACCUCUCCAAUGAGCAGUACGAGGACAUUACAGUCGAAAGCGAGUCGAGAAGAAUCUUAAGCGAGGAGCAGAAGGCGCGAAUCGAAACGAUGGAGACAAGCUUGCGGAACAAAGUACAAGAGCUGUACAAUUUGACAGAGUCCUUCACGCAUCUGAAGCGGGACAACGAGACCACAAAAUCCAUACUCAACAGCACAAAAGAUGUUCUCUUCAAGACAGAAGCCGUUGUGAGCAAUACAAAGGAAAAUCUGGAGGACGAGACAGCACUCCGGAAGGCACACCAAGAGACGGAGGGCCGACUAAAAAGUGUCGGCAAUCAGCUUCUAUCUGUGGUUAGCCGAUCUGUUACUGAUCUGGACGCGGUCCACUCCAAGCUACGACGAAGAUCACAGCUGCAUAACGAGAAUCGACAGCUAUGGCAAAGCUCGACAGAAAGUGUCACAGGCAUGACAUCUGCCAUCGAGGACCGACUCGAAGUCUUCCAGAGCGAACAUCAAGAGCUCGUCACGAAAUCUACCAGCCGGUUACAGAAGUUUCUUGACGAUGAACGCGCAAAGGUCGAGGCUUGCAAGGACAUGGUCUCCACAAAGGUCGCAGACAUGCAGAGAACCAAGUCAGCCGUCGAAUCUCAGUCUGCGUCGUCCAAGGACGACAUGCACAACGUGCUGGAGGAGAUCAAGGUGCUACGAGAUGAAGUGAAGGACCGCGUUGGCGAAGGACUGAAAGGCUUGAACAAUGCUGCAGCUAAGAUCUCCGGUGAAGUCAUCGAGGAGCUGGAGCAGUUCCACACGCAGCUUCACACUUCGUACAGCUCGCUCGGCAAGGACUUCAAGACUCUCUUCGAAGACAUGACUACUCGGCUUGCCAGUCAGCGUGAAGAGAAUGAUCGUUUACGCACGGCGUUGCAGGAAGCCCACCAUCGCAACAUCGAGUCACAACGAGCCGCGACUGCACAGCUUGAGGCUUCACUCGAAGAAGAACGCCGCGCAUCCGAGCAGUCUAGACAAACAUUGAAGGACCAGAUUUGUGGUCUCAUCGAUGCAUCAGCAGUGAGGCAAGAUGAGCGGAUAGCCAGCACUUUGAGUCGAACACAGCGGUCACUAGGCCAGGCUUCCAACACACUCGAGCUGGCUGAGAAGGAGUAUGCUGAGGGAAUGAACGAAUGGCUGCAACGUGAGCAAGCUCUUCUCGACAAGGUGACUGGCUCGAGGGAUGAACUGAAGGGCAGGAUGAAGAAGGACUGGACUGCCAUUGGCGCAAAGAACACAGCCAUCCAAGUCUCAACUAAAGCCGUCCACGGCGAAGCAGUCAAGAUCGUCGACGCGCAAAUCGCCGAAAUGACCGUGCAGAUGUCCGCUCUCGACGAAUUCGUCACACGGGCACGCACCCAAAACGAGCAAUCCCACCAGCAACACCUCGACAGCAUGCGGCAAUAUCACACCGAAGUCACACAACUCCAGUCCGAUGUCACCUCCUCCAUCGAACAACGUACUAGCGGCCUCCAAACAUACCACGCCGAGACCAUAGCCAACACCACCUCCCUCUCCGAAACAGUCACCACAUUCAGCGCCGAAGCCGAGGAAGCCCUCAAAACCAUGCGCACGCACGUCCAGGAAACCUCUUUGACCGACUACACACCCACGGGCCAGACACCUCAAAAACGCGACUGGUCCUACCCAAAAGAGCUUCCCUCAACCGCACCACACACCACCGUCAUCGCCCGUUCGCGUGGACUCCCUGACCCCAUCGUACCCGAGUCGAAAACACCUGGCCGGUCGCCUAGAAAGUCACCGCGCAAGGCAUCGCCCACUAAGCUGACACGCAGCAGCCCUACAAAGGGCAAGGUCUACACUGACGCCGCAGAUGGGGAGUUGACACGAGCGAUAAGUUUGGAGAAUAUGACGGAGCCGAUUGGUCUUAAGGAGAUCAAUAUGAACAUUGUCGCGGGAGUGGAAGAGGGAAGCAAGACGAUCAGCUUCAGUAAGAGUAUUGGGCCCGGAGGAGGGCAAGCUCCAGUGCUGAAGAAGGCGAAGAUCACUAGGAGUCGGACUGCGGCGGAGAGGGGGAAUCGUACGGUGGGUGUGACUGGGGGCGAGUGGUUGGGACGGUCGUAUUCGUGA